AUGUCUAACUCGGUGAACUUGACAAAUCUCAAAAAGGAAACCUCCUCAGUUGUCGCAACACAACUAAACAAUGCCGGUUCGACAAAUGUCACGACGUUCGUGACCCCACCCCUUGUCUCGGGAAUUCGGUACGCUUGCAUCCCUGUCUGGAGCAUUCUUCUGUUUUUUGGGCUCUUCGGUAAUGCCCUAACCGUCUUUGUCUUGCGCGCCAAACGCUUACAACAAUCCAGCACAUCCUUCUACCUCACCGUUCUCGCCAUCACCGAUGUACUUUACCUCCUAACCAGCCUCGUCGCUUCUAUUGCCAACUUCAUAUUCUUCUUCCCCUCAGAGGUGCGCCAAAUCUCCAACACCUUUUGUGUGCUCACGCCUUUCCUCCACUACACCCUGGCAUACAUCAGCGUCUGGUUGCUGGUAGCUGUCACUGUGGAACGUGCCAUCUGGGUUGUUUUGCCUUUUCAAGCUCGAAAUAUCUGCACAAAACGAACGGCGAAGUUUGUAGUCGUGACUAUUGUGUCAGUCUUUACACUUCUAGACACCCACUUCUUUGUAACAAUGCGUUACAUUGAGGUGCAACCAAGCUAUUGGUCGUGUUCCACAACAUACUUUGCUGACAAAGUUUUUCCAUUUUUGGACCUACUGUUUGUGGCGGUUCUCCCUUGCGCAAUAAUGCUAAUCGCUAACUGCCUUAUCGGCUGGAAACUAAGAGUGAUGCGAAAGUUUCGCUCGGGAGUUGCCGCAACUUCGACAAGUAAUAACAACCAAGGCGGCAGUGAUAAGCGCGAGAAGUCGACUAACCUAACCCGCAUGCUUGUCUCUACAAACAUUUUCUUCAUUGUCUCCGUGACGCCUUUGCUGAUUUAUGACGUGGUUUUUUUCUCAGUUGAUGUUAGGGCCUGGGCAGAGGAAGAUGAAGACGUUCGAGGAGGCAUGUUGUUUGCCAUAGAACGUCUUGUUUACACUCUGUGGUACACAAAUUUCGCCAUUCAUUUCCUCCUCUACUGUCUCAGUGGACCACCUUUUAGAGCCGAGGUUCUGGUAAUUUUUAACCGACUACGAGACUUCUGUUGCUGUGGCAGUGCACAAAAACAAACGAUGGACAAAUUAGAAAUGAACCGGAGCGAAAUCAGGGCCACCUCUGCCACCAAUGUUGGAAUGACUUCAAGGGACACACGUACUCGUGUGGAAAUUCUUUAA